CCAAAAAGCCGCGCGCAGAGCUUCCCAGCGCCUAUUCCGACCGGGCCUUGCGGGUGGAGGAGCAGCCGGGAGUGACCAUGACGAAACUGGCGCAGUGGCUCUGGGCCCUGGCGCUCCUGGGCUCCGCCUGGGCGGCCCUGACUCUGGGAGCUCUGGGCUUGGAGUUACCGCCGCCCUGCCGGGACGUCCUGUGGCCUCUGCCCGCCUACCUGCUGGUGGCCGCUGGCUGCUAUGCCUUGGGCGCCGUGGGCUAUCGCGUGGCCACGUUUCACGACUGCGAGGACGCCGCCCGCGAGCUGCAGAGUCAGAUCCAGGAGGCCCGAGCGGACUUGGCCCGCAGGGGGCUGCGCUUCUGACACCCGCUCCCGUCCCCAUUAAAAAGCAAGUUUGUUUUCUAACCUCGUCCAGUUUGCGAGGGUAGAGCAGGGGCUGGGGAUUCUGCAUACCAGCGAUCGCGAAGUGAGAGAAGGAAGAGCCACCGUCCUGAGGCCAUCUCAGCCUUUAUCUUUGCAUUUUACAGAAUGUGUUCCCCAUUUUUCUCCCAGAGGAGACAAAGACACUUUAUCAAAGAUCUCAGAAUGGAAAUGUCUUUUCACUUUCCUGGUUCCUUUAAUUCCAUCAGGAAGUUCUCUCUCUUUUGCAGUACAGGGAAAUCAAAUUCAAGGAAGUUUUGUUUGUUUGUUUUUUGUACCAAGUCUAACUCAGGA